AUGGCGAUGCGACAAACUCCGCUGACCUGCUCCGGUCACACCACCCGGCCUGUGGUGGACCUGGCUUUCUCCCGGUAUCACCCAGUACGGGUACUUCCUGAUCAGCGCCUGCAAAGAUGGGAAGCCCAUGCUACGUCAGGGUGACACUGGAGAUUGGAUUGGAACAUUUCUGGGACACAAGGGGGCAGUCUGGGGGGCCACUCUUAACAAAAAUGCUACGAAGGCUGCUACAGCUGCUGCAGAUUUCACAGCGAAGGUCUGGGAUGCAGUCACAGGGGAUGAGCUGUUAACUUUGGCUCACAAGCACAUUGUAAAGAGUGUUGACUUCACCCAGGACAGCAAUCAUCUUCUAACAGGAGGACAAGACAAGCUUUUGCGCAUCUAUGACCUCAGCAAACCAGAAGCUGAUCCCGAGCAAAUUGGGGGUCACACAUCAGCUAUUAAGAAGGCUUUGUGGUAUAACAAUGACAGGCAGAUCCUCUCUGCAGCUGAUGAUAAAAACUGUGAGGUUGUGGGACCGAGUAAGCAUGACAGAAAUAAAAACGCUGAACUUUAAUUUAUCGGUCAGCAGUAUGGAGUACAUUCCAGAAGGGGAGACGCUGGUCAUCACAUAUGGAAGAACUAUAGCACUGUACAAUUCAUGCAGUCUUGAGCUGGUCAAGUCAUUUGAGGCUCCGGCCCCCAUCAACUCUGCAUCGCUCCAUCCAGAGAAAGACUGUAUUGUGGCUGGAGGAGAUGACUUCAAGCUGUACAAGUACGACUACAGCAGUGGAGAAGAGCUGGAAUCCUACAAAGGUCACUUUGGCCCAGUCCAUUGUGUGCGCUUCAGCCCAGAUGGGGAACUGUAUGCCAGCGGAUCAGAAGACGGUACUUUACGCCUCUGGCAGACAGCAAGUGGGGAAGACGUAUGGAUUGUGGAAAUGUGUUCUGCCAGAGGAACUGGUGUCAGAGAAUUCAGACUCCAUCUACAACACGUCUUCUGAAAUGAAAGCCUGA